CCGCUAGCUUUCCGCCCUUCGCCCCCUUCCCCCGCCGCAAGAAUAAUCGGGAGGAGAAACCCAAACCCCCCUCCUCCUCGGCGGCGGCGGCGGGCGGCGGCGCGAGCACAUGGCGGCCACCUCCAUCGUGCGAUCGAAGCGCAGGCUCGCCCUGCCCUACCUCCACCGCCUCCUCCACUCCGGCCCCGCGACCCCUUCCCCCAACCGCUUCCUCCGCCACGCCUCGCCGGUGCCCCGCGACCCCGACCACUCCCCCUUCCUCCGCCUCCCCGACGCGCGCGUCUCCACGCUCCCCACGGGCCUCCGCAUCGUCACGCAGGCCUACCCGGCCGCCACGCGGAUGGCCUCCGUCGGCGUCUGGGUCGACGCCGGCAGCCGGUUCGAGCUGCCCGGCACCAACGGCACGGCGCACUUCCUCGAGCACAUGGCCUUCAAGGGCACCACGCGCCGGCCCACCGCGAACGCGCUCGAGGUGGAGAUCGAGAACAUGGGCGCGCGCCUCAACGCCUACACCUCCCGCGAGCAGACCACCUACUUCGCCGAUGUGCAGGGGCGGGACGUGCCCAUCGCGCUCGACGUCCUAAGCGAUAUCCUCCAGUACCCGUGCUUCCCCGCGAAUGCCCUCCAGCGCGAGCGCGGCGUCAUCCUCCGCGAGAUGGAGGAGGUGCAAGGAAUGAUGGACGAGGUGAUAUUUGAUCACUUGCAUGCCGCAGCAUUCCAAGGUCAUCCGCUGGGUGACACAAUAUUAGGUCCUGUAGAGAAUAUUAAAUCGAUCUCUAAGAAAGAUUUGGAGCAAUACAUUACAACUCACUAUACCUGUCCUCGAAUGGUUGUGUCUGCUGCUGGAGCUGUCAAUCAUGAUGAGGUUGUUGAUCAAGUGAGAGAAUUUUUUACAGGAUUCUCUACUGACCCAACUACUGUAGAUCAACUUGUUGAAGCAAAUCCAGCUAUUUUUACUGGAUCUGAGGUCCGUGUGGAGCAACCAGAGAUGCCUCUAACGCACUUUGCAAUUGCUUUCAAGGGUUCAUCAUGGGCUAACCCUAGCUCAAUUCCUCUUAUGGUGAUCCAAAGCAUAUUGGGAACUUGGAAUAGGAGCAUUGGGGUUGGGAACUGCUCAGGGUCUGCUUUAGCUCGUGGUAUCAGCAACGGUAAUUUAGCUGAGAGCAUGAUUGCAUUCAACACUAACUACCGAGAUACAGGAUUGUUUGGCAUCUGCACUAUUGCUCAGCCGGAUUCCCUAUAUGACCUAUCACAGUUAAUAAUGCAAGAAUUUAGAAGACUUGCAUUUGAAGUGUCGGAAACAGAGGUUGCUCGUGCUCGUAAUCAGUUGAAAUCUGCUCUUUUACUUCACAUUGACGGAUCCACUGCUGUUUCUGAAAAUAACGGCCGUCAGAUGCUAACGUAUGGGCGAGUAAUGCCAUUCUUAGAGCUUUUUGCUCGCAUUGAUGCUGUUGACCGUGAUACAGUAAUGGAAACAGCUAAGGAUUUCAUAAUUGACAAGGAUAUCGCCCUAGCUGCAGUGGGACCGCUCACGAAUUUGCCGGAGCUUAGUUGGUUUCGCUCACAUACAUACUCGGAUGAUGAAUUUAGUUCAAGAACGUUCUUGCAGGAUGCACAGAAUAAUUGAAGCUCCGGUCCUGGUAGUGUUGUUGUAGUAACUCAAGCUCACCCAAGAAAUAUUCGAUCGUAGGAAGCAUCAAGCAUUUUAGUUAUUUGUUAGAUGUUCUCUAUUUAUUUGCAAAUAACUCCCUUCGUUCGGAUUGUAAACUCCUUCCGUUCACCUUUUACUUUCUUAGCAUACAAUUGCGUCAAAAUUCUAAAUAUAAAAAAGAAAAGAAACUUGACAUAA